GGACCUGCCCCAGCCUGUGAAGUCUGAGACACCAAAUGCUUAUUUACCUGGGCACCUGGCCUCAGAGGAAGGGAGGAGGAAGGGGAUUUAAAGGGCCCCAGCCACUCACGGUGAGGCCUGCCGCACACCUGCCCCGCCUUGUCUCCUCUGAGGAUCGGGAUUGCAACACCUGCUCUCUUCUGCUGAGUUAAUUAUUAAUGAGUCCUUUGUCACAGCCUCUGGUAAUGGGCAGAGGAUAAGAGUUUCCUGGAUGCUUUGAGUUCAGGGAAUUGGGGAAGUGGAGAGACCACCAGGUGGGAGAACUCAAAACACAGCCAUGUCAGAGGUGACCCUUCUCUGCAGGGGACUAAGUGGGGGUCUCCUCUGUGUUGGAGGGGUGCUGUUUGUACUGACCCCAACUUGCUGAAUUAGGCUAAGAGAUUUCACUGGAAUGCUUACAGGGGGCAAGACCCUAACAUUUAUUGGAGUAUCAGUUGUGCAUCUAAACAGCUUAUUGCCCUUUCGCUAAUUACACUUGCUCACCUGAACUUGUGUUAAAUUAGAACCUGAGGGUUAGAAAUGCCCAGAUUGAUCCACAAACUCCUACAUCUUUCCCUUAAGGGUUUUCAAACCAAUUUCUUGGCAUAACUCUCCAACGGUAGAGAACUUUCUGUUUAGGAGACCCUGACAGGCUGGAAUAGGUAGUUAAGAGUCUCCUGUAAAUUGCAGCUUUGACGCAACGGCAUUCCGAAACGAUGCCAGGGCAGGCUUUCCAGGGCCAAGACAUGGACUGGGUGACCUUCCAGAUCUCCCUAGAAGCUCUUUGGCCCUAACCUGGGGGGAAUGGUGGUCUGGGAGACCAGCCCCUCAGUCUGGACCCGUUACCUCCAUUUACAGGGGCCCUAAGCCCAGGAGCACUAAGCAAGGAGCCCGCCCAGGAGCCCACAAGGGAAGCUGUGUUCUUGGGCCUGGCAGGGGCCAGGGGAAGUCUGCUUUGACUCUGUUAGUCCAGCUGUGCUUCAGCCUGAACUUCCUGUGGUCAGGUCUGUUUUCUGGCCCUCCAGGCGGGCAUUCCUGCCCAGGCAGGGAGGGGCUAGAGUGGGUGGGGGCAGGUGUGGGCAGUGACUCACAGGUAGUUACCUGUCCUAGGGCUCCCUGCCAAGCCUGCAGAGGGAGCUGGAGGGGAGGCUUUUCAAGUCACCCUUCAUUCCUCUUAGGCUUUCCUUGGAUGAGUUGAGUUUUGAUCCCUUCCUGAUGAACCUCGCCUUUUAAGGAUCCUCCAAAUUCCCCCAGAAACCGGGCUUUUCCACUUUUCUUUUUUCCUUGGGAGGGGACUGGUGCUUUCCAGGGUCCUGGAUGUUUGUGUCUUCUCACCUUCCAGCCCAGUGACACGUCUGGGGCUUUAACGCUGUAUGUGCAAGCCCUGAUCUUUGUGUCCUCCGCCUGGUCUUCUACCCAGGGUGGUCCAGGACACAAGAGGGCACUGACCCCCACUGGCCUUGGGAAAGUGCCAAGUACAGUGCCUGGCACAAAGGUGAGGGCCCUUCCCAGCCUAGGAAUCUGGUCUCUGAUGCUCACUCUCUUCUGCCUGGUGCCCCAUCAGGCCCCGAAGCACCCGCAGGCAGGAGGGCCCUGCGGAGCUUGCUGUGAGGCCGCUGGGACCCACCCACUUGCCCAGUCCCGUCCUGGGGGGUGGGGGUGCGGUGACGACAGAUGGGCGUGACGGCUGCCAGAUUCCUGAGGCUCGCCCUGCAGUGGGGCUACGCCCAGCCGGGGAGUCUCCAGAGGUGAGGCUGCUGUUUAAAAACUUGGAGCCAGGAGCGGAGACCCCCACAUUCAAGGAGAGCUCUCAGGUGAUCUAGAGAAAGGACGGCAGCGGCAGCAGCACAGAGCGAGGUGAGGUCCUCUCUGGGGAUCACCCCAUUGGCUAAAGAUGAGACCACUCCUUCUCCUGUGUUUCGCCCUGCCUGGCCUCCUGUGUGCCCAGCAAGCCUGCUCCCGUGGGGCCUGCUAUCCGCCUGUCGGGGACCUGCUCGUCGGGAGGACCCGGUUUCUCCGAGCUUCAUCCACCUGUGGACUGACCAAGCCUGAGACCUACUGCACCCAGUAUGGCGAGUGGCAGAUGAAAUGCUGCAAGUGCGACUCCAGGCUGCCUCACAACUACAACAGUCACCGAGUGGAGAACGUGGCUUCAUCCUCGGGCCCCACGCGCUGGUGGCAGUCACAGAACGAUGUGAACCCUGUCUCUCUGCAGCUGGACCUGGACAGCAGAUUCCAGCUUCAGGACAUCAUGAUAGAGUUUAAGGGGCCCACGCCCGCCGGCAUGCUGAUCGAGCGCUCCUCCGACUUUGGCAAGACCUGGCGGGUGUACCAGUACCUGGCUGCCGACUGCACCUCCGCCUUCCCCCGGGUGCGCCAGGGCCAGCCUCAGAACUGGCAGGACGUUCGGUGCCAGUCCCUGCCCCAGAGGCCGAACGGGCAUCUAAAUGGGGGGAAGGUCCGACUUAACCUUAUGGAUUUAGCAUCUGGGAUUCCAGCAACUCAAAGUCAGAAAGUCCAAGAGCUGGGGGGGAUCACAAACUUGAGGGUGAACUUCACCAGGCUGGCCCCGUUGCCCCAGAGGGGCUACUACCCCCCCAGUGCCUACUAUGCGGUGUCCCAGCUGCGUCUGCAGGGGAGCUGCUUCUGUCACGGCCACGCUGACCGCUGCGCCCCCAAGCCUGGAGCCCCGGCUGGCCCCUCCACCACGGUGCAGGUCCACGAUGUCUGCGUCUGCCAGCACAACACCGCCGGCCCCAACUGUGAACGCUGCGCGCCCUUCUACAACGACCGUCCCUGGAGGCCAGCCGAGGGCCAGGACCCCCACGAAUGCCAAAGGUGCGACUGCAACGGGCACUCGGAGACAUGUCACUUCGACCCAGCUGUGUUUGCGGCCAGCCAGGGGGCACAUGGAGGUGUAUGUGACAACUGCCGGGACCACACCGAAGGCAAGAACUGUGAGCGGUGUCAGCUGCACUAUUUCCGGAACCGGCGCCCGGGGGCUCCCAUUCAGGAGACCUGUAUCCCUUGCGAGUGCGAUCCGGACGGGGCAGUGCCAGGGCUCCCCUGCGACCCAGUGACGGGGAAGUGUGUGUGCAAGGAGCAUGUUCAGGGAGAGCGCUGUGACCUGUGCAAGCCGGGCUUCACCGGACUGGCCUACGCCAACCCGCAGGGCUGCCGUCGCUGUGACUGCAGCCUCCUGGGGGCCCGGCGGGACAUGCCGUGUGACGAGGAGAGUGGGCGCUGCCUGUGCCUGCCCAACGUGGUGGGCCCCGCGUGUGACCAGUGCGCUCCCUACCACUGGAAGCUGGCCAGCGGCCGGGGCUGCGAGCCAUGCGCCUGCAACCCGCACGGCUCCCUCGGGCCCCAGUGCAACCAGUUCACAGGGCAGUGCCCCUGUCGGGAAGGGUUUGGGGGCCUGACGUGCAGUGCUGCAGCCAUCCUCCGCCAGUGUCCGGACAGGACCCAUGGAGACGCGGCCACGGGAUGCCGAGCCUGCGACUGUGACUUCCGGGGCACGGAGGGCCCGGGCUGCGACAAGACCUCUGGCCGCUGCCUCUGCCGCCCCGGCUUGACCGGGCCCCGCUGUGACCAGUGCCAGCGAGGCUACUGUGACCGCUACCCGGUGUGUGUGGCCUGCCACCCUUGCUUCCACACCUACGACGCGGCCCUCCGGGAGCAGGCCCUGCGCUUCGGCAGCCUCCGCAAUGCCACUGCCAGCCUGUGGUCAGGGCCAGGUCUAGAGGACCGUGGCCUGGCCUCCCGGAUCCGAGACACGAACAACAAGAUCGAGCAGAUCCAAGCAAUUCUGAGAAGCGCCUCGGUCACAGAGCAGGAGGUGGCCCAGGUGGCCAAUGGCAUCUCCUCCAUCAGGCGAGCUCUCCAGGGCCUGCAGGCGGAUCUGCCCCUAGAGGAGGAGACACUGUCCCUCCCGGGGGACCUGGAGAGUCUGGACAGAAGCUUCAGUCGCCUCCUCCUUAUGUAUCAGAGCAAGAGGGAGCAGUUUGAAAAGCUCAGCAGUGCCGACCCCUCAGGAGCCUUCCGGAUGCUGACCACGGCCUAUGAGCGGUCGUCCCAGGCUGCCCAGCAGGUCUCCGACAGCGCCCGCGUGCUGCGCCAGCUCAGGGACAGCCGGGGAGAGGCGGAGAGGCUGGAGCUGCAGGGGGGAGGCGGCGCCGGCGGCCCCCAGCUCGCGGCGCUGAGGCUGGAGAUGGCUUCCCUGCCUGACCUGACACCCACCAUCAACAAGCUCUGCAGCGGCUCCAGGCAGACGGCCUGCACCCCGGGAGCGUGCCCUGGCGAGCUGUGCCCCCGGGACAACGGCACGGCCUGUGGCUCCCACUGCAGGGGCGCCCUUCCCCGGGCCGGCGGGGCCUUCCGGACGGCGGGGCAGGUGGCCGAGCAGCUGCGGGGCUUGGACGCCCAGCUCCAGCAGACCAGGCAGAUGAUCAGGGCCGCCGAGGAGGCCGCGGCGCAGGUGCAGUCGGACGCCCAGCGCCUGGAGGCCCAGGUGAGUACCAGCCGCUCCCAGAUGGAGGAGGACGUCCGCCGCACGCGGCUGCUCAUCCAGCAGGUCCGGGACUUCCUCACAGACCCUGGCACCGAGGCGGCCACCAUCCAGAAGGUCAGCGAGGCCGUGCUGGCCCUGUGGCUGCCCACAGACUCAGCCACAGUCCUGCGGAAAAUGAAUGAGAUCCAGGCCAUCGCGGCCAGGCUGCCCAACGUGGACCUGGUGCUGUCCCAGACCAAGCAGGACAUCGCGCGGGCCCGCAGGCUCCAGGCGGAGGCCGAGCAGGCCAGGAGCCGAGCCCACACCGUGGAGGGCCAGGUGGAGGAUGUGGUCGGGAACCUGCGGCAGGGCACGGUGGCUCUGCAGGAGGCUCAGGACACCAUGCAAGGCACCAGCCGCUCCCUCCGGCUUAUCCAGGACAGGGUUGCUGAGGUUCAGCAGGUUCUGGGGCCAGCGGAAAGGCUGGUGACAGGCAUGACGGAGCAGCUGGGUGACUUCUGGGCACGGAUGGAGGAGCUCCGCCGCCAGGCCCAGCAGCAGCGGGCACAGGCAGGCCAGGCCCAGCAGCUCGCAGAAGGUGCCCACGAGCGGGCCCUGAGUGCCCAGGAGGGAUUCGAGAGAAUAAAGCAGAAAUAUGCCGAGCUGAAGGACCGGCUGGGUCGGAGUCCCCCGCUGGGUGAGCAGGGCAGCCGGAUCGUGAACGUCAAGGCAGAGGCGGAGGAGCUGUUUGGGGAGACCGUGGAGAUGAUGGACAGGAUGAAAGACAUGGAGUCAGAGCUCCUGCGGGGCAGCCAGGCCAUCACGCUGCGCUCGGCAGACCUGACGGGGCUGGAGAAGCGCGUGGAGCAGAUCCGAGACCACAUCAACGCCCGCGUGCUCUACUACGCCACCUGCAAGUGAUGCGCCAGGCCCAGCCCCGGCCCCGCUCACCUGCCCUCUUUGCUCUUGGGGGGCAGGCUGGGCUGGAGUGUGCCCCAACUUCGGGAGACUUUGAUGCUGCUCGGCACAGCCUGGACCGGCCCUGGCGUGCAGCUACUACGGUCACCCUGGGCUUCCGCUGAGCCGGAGCUGACUGGACAACUGCAUUUGAAGGACCAAGACGGUGGAGGUGGGCAUGUCAUGGUGACUAGGAGCUUUCCAGCCAAGGGACCUGGGCUGGGUAGUGUCCCUGCCCUUUUCUCUGUGUUGUAGCUGAAUCCUAGACCAACACAAAAACUUAACAAAAAAUAAUGUAAAAAUGAAAAGGCCAAUAAAAAUCUUUGGAAAG